GCUCGUCCACCAGGGGAGCAAGUUGGGAUCUACUAAACUCGCCUUUCUUCGGCUCCCCCGAUGCUUUCGUCGAUACGUGUUUACGCGAGCACUUAGUGAGCGCUCGAAGGAGUUAUCGAACUGCAAAACAAUGCAUACCAUCUAGGGCUACUAUCGUUUUUGUCGGGUUUUUUCAACGCCAUCAGCUGGAGAGGCUGUCACAGACCGCGGGAAAAUGUCACUUCCUGUGCAAUGGAGUCUUGGCGCGACAUUCUGGUUGUAAACAACGGGACUCGAUCGAACGCCUGAAGUUCUUCUGGAGACAUCAUCAGUAACUAGUCCUGGAUGAAUGGAGGACGAAACCAUGGCUUCUACCACUGCAGCUUUCACCCCAGUUCCCAAUGAAGAUUCUGUGGACAUCUACGAGGGUCUGGACGUCAACGAUGGCUCCAACACAGGACACACAUUUUCUGCUCCCUCUAAACUGAAGGAGUCGAUGGAUUUAUACGAGGAAAUAGUCCAAGAAGAGCAGCACAUCAGGGAGGCCUCCUUCAGUGAUUUACAAGUUCGAUUUCAAGCUGCCCAAGGCCAAAUUCAAGAGUUACACCGAAGACUGCAGCAAAUGGAGAUCCAGAACGACAAACUGAACACAGAGAACUUCAAACUGAAAAAGAACAUCUCUGCGCUCCUAAGCACGGCUAGACAGGAGGUGGCACGCAAAGACCAGGAAAUCCAGAGGCUUAACAAGUGUUUGGAGAAAAAUGGUCAUCGUUUUCGAGUCAAUCACCUCCCGGAUCGGAUUUCCUCAAGUUCUUCCAGGAGCUUCUCCAGUUGUCCCGCUCCUCCUCCUUCCUUUCAUCACCCUCCGCCUCACUCAUCUGCUCCUCUUCCGCCUUCACGUCUCCUUCCUCCUCCUCCUCCUCUUCCACCACCCCCUGCUUGUGCACCGCCACCUCUUCCUCCACCCCCUCCUCCUCCUGCACAACCACCUGCUCCUCAACCUCCUAAUCUACCUCGGCCACCUCCAACCCAGCAUCAACAACCCCCCAGCACUGAAGGCAAUGCCUCUGAAAUCACAACACCCCAGUCUAGCAGUCACAAGAGCAGCAGUUCUAAAUCUUCAUAUCAUGGCCAAUCCAGAAGUUCCCCUGAAGAUCGGCAAGUUCCAGAGAAGCACACAGGGCUUGCUACUGAUAUCACUACUAGUCAGUCAAACCGCCAUGAGAACGUGGAUAAACACAGGUCCAGGCACAGAGAGGAGAAGCACCAAGGACCCAAGCAGCCUGAGUUAACCGAGAAGAGGCACCGAAGAGACCACAAUCACAUGGCUGGCAGGAGGUCUCACAAGUCGGAUUCUGAACGAAGACAUCUCUCAAGGUCUGAAAAAAAUCGGAGCCACCAAAGUGCCAGUCACAGAUCAGACCGGUCCAAAAGCCCCCUGCCUGAAGUCCAGUCCAACUGGAGCACGUCUGAAUCUGAGAGGAGAAUCCGAGAGAGAAGACGACACAAGACGGGCGCAGCAGAGGGCAGCAAAGAGGGUUUGGACCAUCAUUCAAGAAAGACAAUUGAUGGGCUCAAGAGGUUUGACUCAAAGGACAGGAGCAAGUUGUCUCUCUCUGAUAGUCACGGUCACUCGUCCAGUGAGAAGGUGUCAGAUAGACAUUCCAAGGAUUUCAAGAGACAUAAGAGGACUGCUCCUUCGGAAACGAGGGAGAAGACCAGCGACUCAGCGCAUCACGUGACUGAUGCAGAGGUUAUCGACAGACAGGAGAAAUCGAAAGAAGCUUCUGAGAGAUCCAGUCAAGGAGCUGCUGAGAAAAGUCCCAACAGCAAACUGUCGUUCAUGGAAACCUUGAAUCUAACACAGUCACCUGUGAAGAAGCCAACUCCAGCCAAUGGAGAGGAGCUUCAGAAGAUGACUGAUGAUGAAGCCGGGCCGCCUGCGUUUGAAGACAUGUGCGUCAUAGAUGAAGUUAGCAGUAGUGAAGUUGACCCGUUUUCUGCUCAUGCAGAUGAUGUGUUCAAUGACCUCCAGAGUCAAGAAGGCAUGCCGGAAAAAGGUGUGAUCGAAGAAGCUGCUGGUAGUGAACCAGCUGAAGAGAAUCAAACCGACAUGCAGGUGGGAACAGACAGUCCCCAAGCUGAGGAAAGGCCAACAAGCUUUCCUCCAUGUGGUUCCACUCACGUGCCUGGUGAAAGAUCCCCUCAGACGAAGGAAGUAGGCGCCAUAGACAAACAUGCUGCUGGAUCAGCUCAUGAUGUUGUUCCUUCAAAGCCUGACUCAAAUACUGUUUCCUCAGAAGAAGAGGCUGCUCUUAUUCCCAGCUGUGAGCACCAGGAUACCUCUAUUCCUCCUAAAUCACCUCCUCAAGAAGCUGCUUCUCCAGCAGCUCAGCUACUCCAGGACUGUCGUCCAUCGUCUGACCCAGCUGCUUUCCACAGUUCCCCACUGAAGGAGGAUGCACAGAAAGAAUUGUCGGAGAACCUGGACUGUCUACCUCAAGAAGGCAUUAGUCUCCCUGAGGCGAUCUUGGUGCUGACCCAGACGGAGGCAGAAGAGGUCGCGGCGAACGGCACUAUCAAGGGCUGCAGCACAACAAAGGAGGUGGCCUCAAUGGAGAAAUGCAUUGAGCUGAAAACGCCUGAGAAGGUUGUGAGCAAGAGCUACCGUAGCACUGCGGAGUCGCCACUGCUCCAUGACGAAGACUCCAUGCUGCGCACCCUGAGCAACCUGAGGAAGAUUCCAGAUGCUAUAAGCCCUUUGAGCAGCCCGAUACGGUUCACCAAGAGAGGUCUUCUGCAUUCCAAGCCUGGAUUUGUAAAGAGUCUCCAGAAAGAAUUCACAAGCAAAGGCUCAGACCCCAACCUCAAUAAAUUGGAUGUCAACAAAGAAAACAAAUAUCCAGGUUCUCCUGCCAAACGUGAGCCACAAGACAUGGUGGAGAAGUUAUCGGACCUGGCGUCAAGUGUUUCCGAGACGGAACUAGAGGAGGGGGAGAUUCUGAGUGAGUGUGAUGAGGCGGCCAUUGUGUCCCCCGCCACCAAGAGGGCCAAGUUGAUGCGCUCCGUCAAGACUCGGGGAAGCCCCAAGUCAGUGUUAACCAAGAAAGCUGGCGGAGCUUGUGAGACACCGAAGGAAGAAGUUGAAGGAUUCUCUCAGAGCCCUUUGAACAAAAGUCGUUUUAAGAUGGUGUGUCCGGCGUCCACCAAGUCCUACUUUUCUACCAUAGAAGAAGUUAUGGAAACCUUUAAAUCGGUUCGCGCCGAGAUGAGGAAGAAGUACAUGAAACUCCACAAGACAUUUCCCAGGAAGAGCUUCUACGGCGUGAUGGAGAACUUCCAAGAGUCAUUCUCAGAGUUUGUGGACGGAGCCCAUUUCGGUAAAAUUUGUAGCCAAUCCGAUGAGCUGAAGACCAAGCUGAAGAAGCACAUCUCGACAGUGUUUAGCAAAGUGGCCAACAACGGCAUCGUCAAACGCAUAUUUGACCAGCAAGCUGUGGACCUAAAGCAGAAACUGUGGGACUUUGUUGAUAACCAAGUGGAUUACUUGUUCAAGGACAUCGUUGUUACGCUGAAGGAGCUUUGCAAGCAAACAAAUGCUCAACCUGAAGACAAGCGAUCCCGUGAACCGAAGGUCUAUAAGCCACCGCCUGCAUCCCAAACAACCCCUCCACCUCCGGCCGACCUGAAUCGGAAAAAGCCAUGUCCUUAUAAAACAGGCCUCGGGAGCCGGGGGAAAGACAUAAAAAUCAACCUGGAAGACAGUGACGGCGACAGCCAUCACCCCAGACUAAAGCCGCAAACUCCCGUGAAAUUCCUUUCCCCUAAAAAACCUUUCACGCCGGACAAAAACAGCAUAGUCUCUCUGGGCAUCUCCAACAGCUCAAUCUUGGAUAAAACUGACUUUGAAAUACUGACAGAGCAGCAGGCCUCGAGUUUGACCUUUAACUUAGUGAGAGACUCUCAAAUGGGAGAAAUAUUCAAAUGCCUCCUGCAGGGCUCUGACCUGCUGGAAGCUGGAGGUGACAGCGCCUCCUGGCCUCUGGGAACCCCAAGGAAAGAUGCCGACAGAAUUAUCACAAUAAGCACGCCCACGAAGUUUGACUCUCCGUCCAAACUGCUGACCCCGAGUAAGUUUGAUACCCCCUCCAAACUCAUAGCGACAUGGUCGACCAUUUCCCCUCGGAAGAUUUCAUCUCCGCAGCCCAAAGUCCAACUGAACCCAGCUAUAUUCGAUGAGAGCUGCCUCAUGGAAGUGCCCUCAGGGAGCGGUGCAGCCUCACAGAAAACCUAUUCUAUUCUUGCCGAAGACCUGGCUGUUUCCCUCACCAUCCCGUCGCCUCUGAAGUCUGACAGCCACCUUAGUUUUCUGCAGCCUCCCAACAGGAACAUCCUGUCCACCCCAGAGAGCGUCCUCAGCGCUCACUUCAGCGAAGAUGCCCUCAUGGAUGGCGAAGACGUGAGUGAGCACGACAUCCACCUGGCCCUCGACACCGACAACUCCAGCUGCGACUCCAGCAGCAGUGUGGCUCUGCAGCCGGCCAACGCGUCGUUCGUGUUCAAGCCCAACCUGCCCGUGCAGGCGCUGGUGAUGGAGAGGUCCAACGAUCAUUUCGUGCUGAAGAUCCGUCAGGCCAGCACGCACGCAGACGUCACCAUUGUCGCAGAUGAGAGUUUGAGUCGGACGCUAACAGAAGAGCCACAAAUGAAGGACCUUGCUCCAAGUCCUGUGAAAAGUCCCUGCAAAGCACCCAGUGAGGAGACGAGUAGACGUGAAGAAUGUAGAGCAGUGUCACCUAAAGGCUUGGAUGGUUUGUCUGAAGAACGUGGCGUCGACGUUCAGCACGCUGAGAGAACGCCGCCUCGGGCUGUUGAGGGAACCAACCAGCCGACUUCUCCGUCAACUCACACCAGCAACCUUAAUCCGUUGAACACAAGACAGGCAUCUGAGAGCUCAGAAAGUAGCCCAAGUUGUGAGGGGUCACAGUACCAGGACUCCUCUUCACCAGCAGAGGAGCAUCAAGGGUCAGAGUCUGAGAGAAACCUCAUCAUCACAGAAGACCUCAGCGGCUCUCCGGAGAAGGAGCGUGAGAAAAGGCGGAAGCGGAAAAAGCACCAAAAAGUGCCCAAAGCAAAGAAGUCCAGGAAGGAAGAGAAGAAGGCAGAAAGAGAGUCGCCAUUGCAAACAUCUCCUACGUCGAACAGUCUGUCCGCCAAGAACGUGGUGAAGAAGAAGGGCGAGGUAGUCAUCGCGUGGACCAGAGAUGAAGACCGAACAAUCCUGAUCGAGCUGAAAACUAAAGGCGCAUCACGUGAGACAUUUGCCUUCCUGUCGGAAAAGCUCCAGAAGCCCACUGAGCAGAUCGCCCAGAGGUUCCACCAACUCAUGAAGCUUUUUAAAAAGCAAGGAAAGAGCUGACCUCAUCAUUUGAACGACUGCCAGCCGCACAUCAUCAGUACUGUUCUAAUGAAGAAUCCAAGUUCGGUUUACGAUGUUUGUCGAUGGAAUAUUUCAAAUAUUUAUGAGAAUAAGAACAGAUGUGCACAGUCACUGCUCCCAGACAUCAUCUGACCUCACUGAGUUUUUACUUCCUGCCUACCUAAAGUAAAAAAAAAAAAGUUCAGAUCUGACACUUGUGGGAUCCUCAAUAUUUUUUCUGUUUGUUUGAAUCUGUUUUUAUCGAUCAGAUGGUUCUUUAACCAGUUGCACCAUGUUGGUUGUUGCUAUUUUAUAUAAUUAAAGAUAGUUUUAGCAGGUCAGUUCGAUCUGCCCUGCUAACCUACUGUGAACAACGUUGUCAAAAAUGUACAUACUUGUUUGCUAAAAUAAAGUUUUAUUUAUUUA